AUGUCCGAAUAUGGCGAGUGCCCGUGUGUUACGAACCCAGAGCUCCUGACAAGGAACGAGGACAGGAUGGCCAACGGAUCGCACCAGCUGCGGGGCUUAUCUGUACUUGAACCACCGUCCUACGAUCCCUUUCGCCCAUCCUCCGAGAACCAACCGUAG